AUGACCUUCACCGUCGGUCUUGGACAACUCGUGAUAACGUUUGGAUAUGACGACAUUCUCGCAUUCAUGAUCGUCGGUCUGAUGGUGGCCGUGUCUCUCCACUUGCGCCGAAAUCGUGCAUUCGCGCCAUCUAUAGGGACGAACAAUCUGGCAGCAGUGAGCGUUGUACGCGACUUAUCGGACAACGAGCCCAAGCCCUUACGGUAUGGAUCGGGCAAGCUGGAGGGAGGUGCUUGGGAGGCAACGGGUCCGGGAUAUCUGCCAGAUCCUGAUCCUUUGGUCGGUUUCGAUUUAAAGAGUGCGAGUGUCCGGGACUAUGUGUAUGUGAACAAAACAUUGCGAUAUCCUUACUUCCAGACCAUGUCCCACCAGCCUAUGCACAUAAAUGACUGGAUUGAGAUUGACAAUGAGUAUGUGUGGUAUCUCGACGAGAAAGCUCGUGUUAUUCGAGAGCAGGGCAAGGUUGUCAUUGACUCAUUGCCUGAGAACGACGACGCUUGUACGGAACUUCUCGAGACCCUCGCAGACUACCUUCCGAAACGAUUUCCUACUCUGUUUCAAUCCAUCCCCGUAGAUCCCGCCAAGACCCCGAUGAAGCCAUCCGGGUACGGCAAAUCAGUCGGGAUUGUUAACAAGGUAACCGGUGAGCGCUUUGAGAACGUCCAGGAGCUCAAGGGAACAGACGCGCUCCUCGUCGUCUCCAGGCUAGUGCAAGACGAUUUUCUGAUGGCGCGCGAGCGAGACGAUGGGAAGAGUUAUCUUGUCGGUGGGUUGAUCGUCUUUCCAGGUUCAUAUCUCCUCUCAGAGAAAAUUAAUCAGCCCCUCCACGAGAUACAUGCCCCGGUGCCCAAUAUCAAAAAAAUGAUGAUGAGCAUUGAACGCACGAUGGCACGUUUUUCCCCCGAUCGUCCGUUUGAAAGAUCGAGCUGGAUGAUUGUUGACGAUCGGGAGUUAUUUUGGCACAACAUCAUAUCCAACACCAUGCCAGAAGACAUGCAUCCAAAGGAUCUUUUCCUCCGGAUCGAUCACCAGACUUUUCGCAAGCUUCCGAGGAGCAAAGGUGUUGUUUUCGGCGUACAUCCAGUGCUCAAGAAGAUUGGCGACCUGGCUGACAGUCCCCUUGUGCCCGCCCUAAUGGCUAAAAUUCAUACCGACGCCAACGAUGAACUGAUGGAGUACAAGAAAUCUGAGAAAUACUGCGGGCGACUCCUGCCGUAUUUACGAGAGCUCACUGAACAGCAAGUAGCGAAAGGACUAGUGGAGGCUAAGGACGUGGCUGAUGUGGCCAAAUUCCGCGAGCAUAUAAGAGAGGUUGAUAAUCACAAUUAA